UACGUGGAGAAGGACGGGAAGUGCAACGUGCAGCACGGGAACGUGCGGGAGACGUACCGCUACCUCACCGACAUCUUCACCACCCUGGUGGACCUCAAGUGGCGCUUCAGCCUCCUCGUCUUCAUCCUCGCCUACGCCGUCACCUGGCUCUUCUUCGGCCUCAUCUGGUGGUUCAUCGCCUACUGCCGGGGGGACCUGGACCACUGGAGAAGGACGGGAAGUGCAACGUGCAGCACGGGAACGUGCGAGACGUACCGCUACCUCACCGACAUCUUCACCACCCUGGUGGACCUCAAGUGGCGCUUCAGCCUCCUCGUCUUCAUCCUCGCCUACGCCGUCACCUGGCUCUUCUUCGGCCUCAUCUGGUGGUUCAUCUCGCAGCCCAACAAACGAGCCGAGACCUUGGUCUUCUCCUCCCACGCCGUGGUGUCCCUGCGGGACGACCGCCUCUGCCUGAUGUUCCGCGUGGGCGACCUGCGGGACUCGCACAUCGUGGAGGCCUCCAUCCGCGCCAAGCUCAUCAAGUCCAAGCAGACGCAGGAGGGCGAGUUCAUCCCCCUGGACCAGACCGACCUGAGCGUGGGCUUCGAGACGGGCGCCGACCGCCUCUUCCUCGUCUCGCCCCUCAUCAUCAGCCACGAGAUCGACGAGCGCAGCCCCUUCUGGGACGUCUCGCGGCACCAGCUGGAGAAGGACGAUUUCGAGAUCGUCGUCAUCCUCGAGGGGAUGGUGGAGGCCACAG